UUUAUAUUGAGGAUAUUAUUUACAAAUAUAAUUAAAUGCAAAAUGGUUUAGAGGAAAGAUUUGUCAAAUGACUGGAUACACCCCCACUCAAAUAGUUUCAACCUGCCACUUCCUUGUUUUUCAAAAGUUUAUUUUGAAAAAAGUUGGUUGCGUUUUCGGCGUCUCCUUUACUAAAAUCCACCUGUUUAAUAGUCAGAGUCAUUGUAUAAUUAUCAACAAUUAAUUAAACGCAUGAAGAGCUUUGAUGGUUCAUGACAGUAACGUAGCUAGCUCGCAGGCUGGCUCUUAAUUUUGGAGGGGGAGACACGGAGAGUUUGAUCGAGCCAGAAUGUUAUCCGCCACCGCUGCCAGCGUCGAGGAUUUCAGCCUAAGGUUUCCACUGCAUACCCUGGUCUGGGAGAAUGAUUACAGGAAGCUGGAAAAAGAGAUACAGACGAGUAACAUUGAAGAGGUGGAUCCCAGGGGCCGGACCCCUCUGCACCUGGCCGUUUCACUAGGACACUUGGAGUCGGUGAGAGUGCUGCUCAGACACGGCGCAGAUGUUUCCAAAGAGAAUGGCAAAAAUUGGACGGUGCUGCAGGAAGCAGUCAGCACAGGAGAUCCAGAGAUGGUGCAGCUGGUUCUCCAGCGACGAGAUUAUCUCAAAGCCUCCACUGCGCUGGGUGGUGUUCCAGAGUUACUGUGCAAGAUCCGAGAGUCUCCAGAUUUCUACAUGGAGAUGAAGUGGGAGUUCACUAGCUGGAUUCCUCUCGUAUCACGUGUGUGUCCCAGCGACGUGUGCAGAAUCUGGAAGAGUGGAGCCUGUCUGAGGGUGGACACCACCUUGCUGGGCUUUGAAAACAUGACCUGGAUCAGAGGAAGAAGAAGCUAUAUCUUUAGAGGAGAAGACAACUGCACUGAACUGAUGGAAGUUAAUCACGAGGACGAAGUGGUGGACACUGAGCGCUUUGAUCUCUCCCGUGAGAUAGAGGACGUCACACUAGACUCCAUGCAGCCCGCCGAGCAGGAAGUAGCCAAGAGGCUGACAACACCCAUUGUCAACACAUAUCUGGACACAAAGGACAUUGCGUUUGAGAGGUCUAAAUCCGGUAUCUGGGGUUGGAGGUCAGACAGAACAGAAGUAGUAAAUGGAUUUGAAGCCAAGGUUUUUUCAGUGAACAAUGUGAACGUUGUGAUUCGCACCAGGACGGAGCACCUCACAGAUGAGGAGAAGGCCAGGAUAAAAAGUGAAAGGAAUGUUCUGGAGUCUUUACUCGGGACCGUAGAACAACAGAUCGGUGCUCAAGGGGACAUGACUAUGGAGUUUGCCACUGCCACAAACCCCACAGCUAUUACUCCAGAAGAGUACUUUAACCCCAACUUUGACCUGCAGGGCAGAGACAUCGGUCGACCCAUUGAGCUCACCAUCAGAACACAGAAGUUUAAAGGCACCCUGUGGAUGAGCGAGGAGCAUCCUCUGUCUCUGGUGGAGCAGGUCACUCCCAUCAUUGACCUGAUGGCUCGCACCAGCACUCACUUCGCUCGACUCGGGGACUUCAUCAACCUCAGGUUUCCCCCUGGCUUCCCUGUGAAAAUCGAAAUCCCUCUGUUCCAUGUGUUGAAUGCCCGCAUCACGUUUGGAAACAUCAACAAUUGCAGUACAGAUGAGCCUCUGGACUCCAUCCAGUCAGCUUCUACACCCACACCUACAGAAGAGAUCUGUGGCAGCCAGGCUUCAGGACAUGCUCCAUUCAAGGUGUGUCCAUCUGUGUUCAUGGCACCUGCGCACUAUCACCACCGAGGGGGCUACCGCCGCUCCAACACACGCAAUUACAACCCAGUCAGUCAUGAUGAAGAGCUGCUCCAGUAUGCCAUUCACCAGAGCCUGCUUGAGUCCAGUACACUGAAUUCACAGGACACUUGGAGUGAUUCCGAUGGACAGACAACACAAUCCAUGAUGAACCGGUUGAGUGAUGGAUCUGGGUCUGAAGGAGUUUUAGUAGACCUUAGUGACACCACACCCUCAAGCUCUGGCUCCACCUCCAGCCCCGACACUGAUCUGCGAUUGGCUAUGGAGAUCUCGGCCCGGGCCCAGGAGGAGGAGGAAAAGAAAAAGAAGGAAGAAGAAGAGGAAUUACAGAAGAUUUUACAACUCUCCUUAACAGAAAAGUGACAGAAUAAGAUGAGGGAAGGAUAGACAAAGGGAGAUCCUGUUAUUGCCAUAACCAUUAACAUUUUUAUUUAUCAGAUUCAUGCAGUUCUCUAUUGCCACUGACAUACGACUACACAUAUUUACAUAUUCAUUUUGGAGCCAACAUCCGAAAGGUUCUGCUUCCUUAUCCUUAAAAAAAAUAAGCAAACAUUUAUUUCAUGCUCACUCAUACAUUUUACUGCAUUUUCCCAUGUUCUUUUCCUCCUUCAAAGAGGUGAUCAUGCAUGUAUUUUACAAGAAAUCCAGUGCUGCUUUUUUAAGAUUGUGAUAGAAAGGUUGUGAUGUCUUUGACAGUCCAAACAUGGACCUAUGAGUUUGUACGUCUUGACAGUAAUGACUAGAUAAAGUUUUAUUGUUUUUCUUGACCGAAAAGAAGGUUGUUUUGCAUUAACAUUAGCUUUUGGUUUAUAUUAAUAUUGUACUCAGGGUUCAACUGAUAUUCACCAGUUGUCGGUUCCUUUAAAACCAUUUUAUACACAGCCAAGAAAAGUGAAAGAAAUGAAUGUUUUACACAAAGCAGUAGGACAGUACCAGUUUCAGCCUGUGUGCUUUUGUCAUUAGACAAUUUCUGACGGAAGCAUCUCUACUGUAAAGGCAAUAAAUCACACCGCCGUGCCUCACCAGAGUAAGAGGCACUCAUACAGACUGGAAUAUUUCUGAAAGGGGCUGUCCGAUGUAAGCCAAUACACCUCAAGCUUUUAGUCUGCCUAAUUUGUAAAAUGAUACAAUUAAACCGCUCCAAUUGCCGUGAUUAUGUUGUAAUGCUAAGCAUGAAUGUGGCAGUACUGGGUCACUUUUCUGUCUCCAACCAAACCUCAUGCUACACUAAAGAACUAGGGGAAUGUGUGACAAGAAAACCAGCUUUUUUUGUUUGUUUCAGAUGAUGGCUGUCUGUGGGAAUGUGUGUGGUUGGACAGCAUUGUUUGCUGACUGAGGUUCCAAUGUGGUAAAUGUGGAAGAACCUGCCCUGCUCUGUUUAGGAAUCUUUUGCUGUUCCUUCCUGUUGUAGCUGACAGUGAUAUUUAUUUUGUCAAUUUUUUAUUUUUUUUUCUUGAUGUCUUGAAUGUUCUUUUGUUGAUUUCUUUCUGUAAAGCCUUGUGAGGCUCAAAAGACGUCUGAGUAUUGACUUACAGCUUGCAGUAUCUCUCACUACUUUUUGUAUAAAGCAGUGUGUGCUUGUACCGAUUUAAACCAUAUCUUCUGUCACCUUAAAUAGACAUUUAUAUUGCUUUACUCUUCCUGUAGUGAACCAGGAUCUGAGGAUAGUGGCAGCCACAAUCUUUCAUUAAUAAUAGAUAGUUUUAUUAACAGGACAUUGAUUUUAGUUUCCUGUAUUUAUUGUUAUGCUGCAUUUAAAUAACAGUGUAGAGAAAAUCAAAUGUUCUGGUUAUGAUUAUCCACAUAUCAUUAUUCCUGGACACAGAAUUCAGUUUCAUUCUUUAUUUAAAACCCAAUUUAACUUUUGGUAUUUAGGUAUAAGUCUUAACUCGAGCGAAUUGCCAAAAUGUUUAAUGGUCUUUACCGGAUCAGGGUUAGUGUUGGUUUGAUUCUCGGUUAAUUGUCAUUCUGCAAAAUGCAAGAGAAAGUAUCCUGUUUGAGCAUGUUGACGAAAUCCUGAAGGCAUUUGUAAACUGUGAUGUAUAUUUGACACACACACACACACACACACACACACAAAAAAAUAUUUGUACUUUAAUAAAAGCACUUUAUUGACUUUUUGGCGCUUCAUUAAC